AGGCUUCAGUUAUGGCGGCUGUUGGAAAGAUGGGCAGCCGAAGUACUCUUCUGCUUGUGAUAAUAUGCCAAUUAACGACGUUAUUAGAUGCUAAAUAUCCGGUUGUACUAGUUCCUGGUGAUGGUGGCAGUCAGUUUUUGGCCAAGCUGAACAAGACAACUGGACCACAUGAAUUCUGUCGACAGAAGACAACCGAGUACUUUAACUUAUGGCUCAACUUGGAGGAGCUGGCCCCUUAUGUUAUAGAUUGCUUUGUAGAUAAUAUGAAGCUUCUCUAUGAUAAUACAACGCGUAAAACCAGAAACCAAGUUGGGGUAGACAUUGUCAUCCCCGGAUUUGGCAACACUUCAUCUGUUGAAUGGUUAGACUCCAGUCAGCUCUCAGCUACAUCUUACUUCGCCCCGAUCGUGGAGGCCCUGGUGAAAUGGGGAUACAAGCGAGGAGAGAGUGUCCGCGGAGCUCCAUAUGACUUCAGGAAGGCGCCAAAUGAAUUUGACCUGUUCUACAAUAAUCUGACAUCUUUGAUUGAGGACACGUUUGUGAGAAACAACAACACUAAGGUGGUCCUGAUAGCCCACAGCAUGGGUAACCCCACUACCCUGUACUUCCUCAACCACAGGCCCCAAGUCUGGAAGGACAAGUAUAUCCAUAGCUUCAUCACCAUCUCAGGGGUGUGGGGAGGAGCUGUCAAACCACUCCGACUCUUCUCUGCUGGUGACAACUUGAAUGUUCCCUUUGUUGAGGGUAUCAAUGUUAGAGAAGAGCAACGGUCCAUGCCAAGUUCCGCCUUCCUUAUGCCAUCAGAGAAUUUCUGGUCAGCAAAUGAGGUACUGGUCUCCCAGCCCAAGAGAAACUACACAGUCAAAGACUACAAGGCAUUUUUCACAGAUCUCGGCAUUCCAAAUGCAUACCUCAUGCAUCAGGACACAGAGAAACUUGUAAAAGACCUCACUCCUCCAGGGGUAGAAAUCCACUGUCUUCAUGGAAUCAAUAUGCCCACGCCAUUGCAAUUUCAAUUUGGAGAAGGAAUGUGGCCUGACACACAGCCUAAAGUGAUUACCGGGAAUGGGGACGGCACCGUGAACAUCCGAAGCUUGCUUGGAUGUCUCUCUUGGCAAGGCAAACAGAAACAGAAGGUUUACCACAAAACAUUUCCCAAGGCAGAGCACACAGAAAUUCUUUCCAAUAAGGAUGUUUUAGCUUACAUUAAAACAGUUGUAAAUAGCUAAUGCAUGAAAAUGUUAACAGAUUUUUUAAAUAGGAAAUGAAAGAUUGUUUGGGUGAUGAAAUUAGGAUUGGUCAGAUUUUAUUUAAAAUAACAAAGUAUCUCGGUCUGAUUUGAUCAGAAUUCCUUGUAACAUGAUUCAUAAUUUAUAAGAUGUAUAUAUGUGUUUGAAUACCUGCAAAUCAAGGGAAGCUUUUGAUGUUAAAUUUUGUUUUUAACUCUCAUAUGACACUUUAAGUUGAAAAUACCUGAUCAGUAAAUAUGGACAGUUUUGUAAAUGACAGGAAUUUUAUGGUUAGUUUGUUGCAAUCCUCAGGGCUAAAUGCAUUACUGUAUACACAGUGACCUAAUCAGAGCCGAAAAUGAUAUUCAUGUAGGAUUCAGUAUUUGUCAGGAACUCUGAUUCUUGCAUUUGAUAGUAGACUAGUCACACUGAACCGUCAGGGAUGAACGGAUCUUAUUGUCUGCCCUAGAUGUGUUUAUCUGAAGCAUGAUCAUCAUACAGAUGUAGCUGAUCUAUUUCCGACUCGUCCUGAUGUGACGAGGGAAAAUGUCAGUACAUAAUCACAGUCAUUCCAUGAGCAACUCAACAAUGCAUAAUGUCUCACUGAUUCCUGGGAUGUCGUGGUGCAUUGUCAUAUUGACAUAUCGAUAAUUUGUUUCAUAUGUUGAUGCAGUACCAGUACAAAUUGAUGAAUGUUAGCUAUAAAUUUAUAAUUCACUGUCACUGAAAAGUUUACGUUAAUGAUAACCAUAGUUAAGAUAGACAGUCGGAAGGCAGACUGUACAGCAGUCGGAAGGCAGACAUUACAGCAGUCGGAAGGCAGACAGUACAGCAGUCGGAAGGCAGACAUUACAGCAGUCGGAAGGCAGACAGUACAGCAGUCGGAAGGCAGACUACAGCAGUCGGAAGGCAGACAGUACAGCAGUCGGAAGGCAGACAGUACAGCAGUCGUAAGGCAGACAGUACAGCAGUCGGAAGGCAGACAGUAGCUGUACAUCAUGGGUUCCUCUAUAUUAUCAAUUUCAGGGCUACAUGGGCAUUUUUUGUUUCACCACAUAAA